AUGAAGUUAUCAUCCUACUUCCCGCUUUCAUCACUAUCAUCCGCGUUACUAAUUGGGACGGCGAUUUCUCAAAGUGCGAGUGUAUUGGAUCUCAGUACAGCGAAAUGGACAUUAUCGAGUCCUCAAAACGAAAGCAUUAAGGUUUCCGGAAGUGUGCCGAGUCAGUCGCACUUGGAUUUGUAUGCUGCAGGGGUUAUUCCUGAUCCAUAUUACGGAUUAGGAGACUUCGACUUGAGAUGGGUGACUUAUUUGAAUUGGACAUAUGAGGCGGAUUUGAGUGGACUAGACACGAGCAACGGACUGUCAACAUGGCUACUAUUCAAUGGCUUAGAUACUUUCACGUCAAUCUCACUUUGUGGGCAACAUGUAGCAUCCACCAAUAACCAGUUCCGGCAAUACUAUUUUGACGUCUCCAGCAUACUGAGCUCCUGCUCCAGUUCUCCAUCACUCAGUAUUAACUUCGGCUCAUCGGUAAACAUCACAGCUGACAUCGCCAACGAGCCUGGUCAAGAAAAAUGGCCAUUCGCGGUCGAAGGUCUCUUCGAAUUCCCAAAUCGGCAAUUCAUGCGGAAAGAGCAGAGUGAUUUUGGUUGGGACUGGGGUCCAGCUUUUGCUCCUGCUGGAAUAUGGCAGCCCGCCUAUGUUGUUCAGUUGCCGUCUUCUAGCAUCUACGUUCGGAAUACGCUGCUCGACAUAUAUCGAGAAGGCCAGCUGAACAACCUUCCCCCAGAUCAAAGUGCUCCUUGGAUAGUCAAUGCCAGUCUAGAUAUCUUGGGAACUGUACCAAGCACUGCAUCGAUGAGCAUCGAGAUCAUGGAUAUAGACAACACAACUGUCGCGAGUGGAUCUCUAGAGAACAUCCUGAUUUCAGAUUCGACUAUUACUGGAAGUGUUACAGUUGACGGAGAAACUUGCCAAUUAUGGUGGCCAAAUGGUCUCGGGGCUCAGAACCUCUACUACUUCAAGAUUACUGUCACAGACGGAGAACAGAUCCUUGCGUCGGUGACAAAGAGAAGUGGGUUCAGAACGAUCGUUUUGAACAUGACACCAAUUUCUUCUGCUCAACUUGCACAGGGAAUUGCUCCUGGUAACAAUUGGCACUUUGAGAUCAACGGUCAUGAGUUCUAUGCCAAGGGCUCAAACUUCAUUCCUCCGGAUGCUUUCUGGCCCAGAGUUACAGAAACGAAGAUGCGGCAGUUGUUUGAAUCUGUCGUGGAUGGCAAUCAAAACAUGUUGCGUGUUUGGGCAAGUGGAGCAUAUUCUCCAGACUUCCUUUACGAUAUCGCAGAUGAGAUGGGUAUUCUGCUUUGGAGUGAGUUCGAAUUUGGAGAUGCUUUGUAUCCAGUCAACGAAGAAUUCCUGGAGAACGUCCGUGAAGAGGCCAAUUACAACGUCCGGAGAGUCAAUCAUCAUCCCUCUUUGGCACUUUGGGCAGGCGGCAACGAGCUGGAAAAUUUAGAGUUGCCAGAAGCAGAAUACUAUGACCCAGGAAACGACAAGUGGCGUCAAGAAUACGAACAGCUUUUUCUCGACGUCCUUCUCCCGUCUGUCUAUGGGAACACCAAAUCAAUCUCCUACAUACCCAGCAGCACCACAAACGGGUACCUGGUCCUCAACUUCUCCCUUCCAAUACCGAUGAUCGAACGCUACAACAACGCCACGCCUGGAUCAAUCUAUGGUGAUACUGAUCACUAUGACUAUGUCUCUUCAGUCGCGUUCAACCUCUCGUCCUAUCCCGUAGGUCGAUUCGCCAAUGAGUUCGGCUUUCAUUCCAUGCCAAGCUUGCAGACAUGGCAACAAGCCGUUGACCCUGACGAGCUAUACUUCAACAGCAGCACAAUCGUGUUACGAAACCACCACUACCCCGCAGGUGGCACUUUCACAGAUAACUACCGCAACUCGUCAUUAGGAAUGGGCGAGAUGACAGUAGCUGUGGAUCAAUAUUACCCAGCUCCGAACCAUGCCGACUCUUUGCAGAACUUCUCAGCUUGGUGCCACACCACGCAAAUCUUCCAGGCUGAUUUCUAUCGUUCACAGAUCACGUACUACCGUCGCGGUUCAGGCUUCAGAGAACGACAAUUGGGAAGCUUGUACUGGCAGCUCGAGGACAUCUGGCAAGCUCCUACAUGGGCCGGCAUUGAGUAUGAUGGGAGAUGGAAAGUGCUUCAUUAUGUGGCAAAGGAUAUUUAUCAGCCUGUCAUCAUCGCUAGCUAUUGGAACUACACAACAGGAGAUCUCACUGCGUACGUUACUUCCGAUCUUUGGACCGGAGCAAGCGGUACUGCAUCACUAGAGUGGUAUGGAUAUGAUGGCUCAUCGUUGGCUCCAAAAGUCGAUAUCCCAUUCACUGUUGGAGCAUUGAAUACAACCAUGGUCUAUGAGGUUAAUACGAAUUACAUACCUUACAACUUGACGAACGCUUUUCUGAAGAUGAACAUCACGACUGCUGGAACGCCUGUCAAUACCAACGAUACUCAAGUCUACAAGCACGAGUACUACUUCCACGCCCUCGAUCUGUCUCAAGUCAAGCUCCAAGAUCCGGGUUUGGUUCUGUCAUACGAUGAAGGAAGUGGAAAUUUCACAGUCGAAGCAACCACUGGGGUGGCGGCCUGGGUCUGGCUCGAUAUUCCAGCUGGCACAUUGGCGAAUUUCGACAGCAACGCUUUCUGGCUUUCGCCAUCAGAUGGAAAGAAAGAGAUUGGAGUGACCGUCAAGAAUGAUACCAGUGCUGGGAAGUGGGUGGAAGGUGUGACGGUGUCCAGUCUUUGGAACAACACUCUGGCCUGA